GAGGGCGAGAGAGGAAGAACUCCAGAUGGAUUUGGCGCUCGAUGGGAGUAGAGCUGUGGCUCGUGCGACCGCUACAAACUGGAAAGGCUGCCUUGCACUGCCUUGAUGAACUCGACCUGGUCCCGCACACAGCGCAGCAGCCCGUCAUGGGGGACGGUGGCGCGUUUUCGCCGGUGAAUUUCCUGAAUGGCUCGGGGAGCGAGGCAUCGGACGCACCUGGCUCCGCUACAGCUGCGUCCGAGCAGUGGAUGGCGGGGAUGAGCCUGGUGAUGGGUUUGAUCGUCCUGUCUAUUGUGUUCGGGAAUAUCCUGGUCAUUUUGGCCAUAGCCAAAACGCAGAGGCUGCAGACGCUCACCAAUGUGUUUAUUGUGUCGCUGGCGAGCGCGGAUCUCAUCAUGGGGCUACUGGUGGUGCCGUUUGGCGCCGCGCUCGAGGUGCGUGGAUCGUGGCAGUACGGCUCCUUUUUCUGCGAGUUUUGGAUCUCCGUGGAUGUCCUGUGCGUCACCGCCAGCAUCGAGACCCUGUGCGUUAUCGCCAUAGACAGGUACGUGGCCAUCACCUCCCCUUUCCGCUACCAAAGCUUGUUAACCAAAGCUCGGGCCAAAACGGUGGUGUGCGCAGUCUGGGCUAUCUCUGCGCUGGUCUCCUUCCUCCCCAUCCUGAUGCACUGGUCCCGUGACAGUGUGGACACAGCCUGCUACGAGGACCCUGAAUGUUGCGACUUUGUCACCAACAGGGCAUAUGCCAUCUCCUCAUCCAUCAUAUCUUUUUACAUUCCUCUAAUGGUCAUGAUAUUUGUUUACGCCCGUGUUUAUAGAGAGGCGAAGAAGCAGCUGAGGAAGAUCGACAAGUGUGAGGGCAGGUUUCACAACACUUUAACUGGACUGACCUCCAAAUGCAAGAAGAGGCCGUCUAAAAUCCUGGCACUCAGGGAGCAGAAGGCGCUCAAAACGCUGGGCAUCAUCAUGGGGACGUUCACCCUGUGCUGGCUGCCCUUCUUCAUAGUCAACGUGGUGCGUGUGUUUUGCGCAGAGGUGGUGGACAAGGAGCUUUUCGUGUUCCUAAACUGGCUGGGGUAUGUGAACUCCGCGUUUAACCCCAUCAUUUACUGCCGGAGCCCGGACUUCAGGAAGGCUUUCAAGAGGCUGCUGUGCUGCCCGAGGCAAGCCGACCGCAGGCUGCACAUCAGCUCCUGCGACCUGUCCCGGUGCUCCGGUGGAUUCGUUACUGCUCUGGAGCCCGGCACAUUGGGGCUGUGGUCGGAUUGCGCCGGUUUGGACAACAGUGACAGCAGCCUGGCGGGGACCACAAAGCUGUCUCACUCUGAAUCACAGCUGUGAAGGAAAAAAAUAAACUUUUGUUGAGUUGGAUUACAACGAACUACCUGGGAUAGGAUGGUCACAAAAGCGGGCGUUGACUCCUUGAGCGUGGGUUUCCUUUUGGGAAAGGUAUGCGCGAGCUGCAUCAUAUAAUGUGUCUGUUUUGUAUGAGAAGUAAAACAUCAGACGAAAUCACCAGAAUUGUAUUUGAACGCCAUGGUUUUUAAAAGAGGCAUCAGGACCAAUGUUUUUUCCAAGAUGCGCAAUAGGACAGUUUAAUAACUAAGAGAUGAUCCAAUUUGCUAAAUAAUAUCACCCCUAAAAUUUAAGAUAGGUGGAUCUGAUGAAUUAUAAUGGGUGCUGCAUUUUGCCAUAAAACAGGAUUCAGUGAGAGCAUACGCACCUGUUAUUUAUUCCAUGUUUUUAAUUUAUUUAUUAUUAUAUUGGAUCAGUUCAGUGCUUUAUUGAGGAUGAUCAUCUAUUAAGGGGGACUGGGUAUCUUUAAGUUAACCCAGGAUCGUGAUGGGUGACAAUGUAUUCUUAAAAUGACUGAUAAGCUGCUCAGGCGCACUGUAAUAAACGCGUUAUUUAAAAGCAUUGGUCGGAGUGACUGUACUGUAAAUGUCGUGCUCACAAUGUGUUUUUACCUCACAGCUAUCGGCAAGUGCAAUGCAGACAGGUAUUUGUUUAUAUUAAACAUUUAUAUAAAUAUGUAUUUAUUCCGCGCUGUCUUUUACAUAGGCCUAUAUGUGGGGCUGAUUCCCACGCCAUUUGUACAUAGUGUGGUGUUUGAAGUGAGGAAUUUGAGCCUCUCUUUUUGUUUUUUUCUCAUUUAAGAUUUACCUGCUAUUGUAAGGUGGUGUGUUGACUCCUGUGAAAUAAAAGGAAGUUUCAUUGAUAA